GUAGAGUAUUCCCCUUCGCGAACUUCCCAGCUGACAACGCGUUCUUAGCGCUGGACCUUCGUGCCAACUGUUUCCGUUGUGCUUGAGCAACCAGCCUGCCUCUGCCUUGUGUGGACACCAGCAGCUGAAAUCUUCUCCCUACCCUUCUGAACCUCUGUCAGUUUGGCCUAGGUGGAAUAGUCGUUGCAUCUGCUCGUGGAGUAGCUGCGACCAUGGCGCAGACACUCGAAGAUUGGUACAAGCAGAUGCCGAUAAUAACCAGGUCUUACCUGACACUCUCGUUCUUGACAACUGCGGGUUGCGCUCUCGAAGUUAUUUCGCCGUUUUCUGUGUACUUCAACUCGAACUUGAUCUUUAAAAAGUUUCAGCUAUGGCGGCUAUUUACAAACUUCUUCUUCUUUGGGAGUAUUGGCAUCGACUUCGUAUUCCACAUGUUCUUCCUCUGCCGAUAUUGUAAACUGCUUGAGGAGACAUCGUUCCGUGGCCGGACCGCUGACUUCUUCUUCAUGCUGCUUUUCGGCGGAGUCUUGUUAACAAUGGUCGCUCCUUUUGUAAACAUCCAGUUUCUCGGUUCGUCACUGACAUUCAUGAUGGUCUACGUCUGGGGUCGGCGCAACCCUAAUAUCCAGAUGAGCUUUCUUGGCUUGUUCAACUUCACAGCGCCUUACCUUCCUUGGGUCCUCUUGGGAUUUUCGGUUCUUCUUGGAAGUAGCCCUGUGGUGGAUCUUCUGGGAAUGGCGGCAGGUCAUGUUUACUAUUUCUUGGUAGAUGUUUACCCGAGGAUAUCUGGACGGCAGCUGCUGAAGACUCCUGGCUUAUUGAAAGCGCUCUUUCCACCAGAUGAUGUUGUUGCCUUUCCCCAAGAUGAAAGGGGCUUUGAUCAGGCAGCAGGUGUAAAUGCGCAGUUCUAGCAUUUUCACAUUCUACAGUUUCGAAUGAGUGUACAGGACAUGAGUUUGGCUUGGACUGGCAGAUGUCGGCUCUUGAAAUUGUACGUGUGUAAUUAUUGAGGAAAACCUAGAGGCUGUAGCCUGAACAGAGACUGCUCUUAGUAACAGCAUACCCAGAAACUUAGCUCUGAGCCUGAGCUGGUACUUACACGGAUCGUGACAGCUUGCUUAGGUCCUCUUGUUAAUGUAAUAAUU